AUGCUGGCGCUCGCCUCCUCGACCUCCUUCCCGCCGACGCCGUUCCGUCCGCAUCGCCACCCGCCACCGUCGCGGCCACCUCGUCGACCCACCUCGACGGCCUGCCUCCUCUUCGUCACCGUCGACCCCGACGCCUCCCCGACCCCCGCUGCCUUUCCCCUACCGGCCCCGUGGGCUCCGCUCCUCCUCCUCCUCCUUCCCCCGCUCUCGUGCGCGCAAGCCCACGGCCGCGCACGCACGCGCGCGCCCUGGCCCCCCGGUCCCCGACUGCUGCUCCCUGCGCGCGGUCCUGCUCGCCGUCCCCUCCCGUUGUCCGCCGUGACCGCGCUCCGGCCGCGUCCAGGCGCCCGGUCUCUAGAGCCCACCGGCCGGCCUCGCGCCGCUCCGGCCACGGCCGUGCUCGGAGCACCCCCCCACCAGCUCGCCGGGCCGCCGCCCACUCGUCGUGCCGCUUCGGCGCCCAGCUGA